AUGGAGGAGGGUUUAGUGGUGAGAGGGAGGGUGGAAAUCGAUAGUAGACAACCAUUUAAGUCGGUAAAAGAAGCUGUUUUAUUAUUUGGCGAGAAAGUUUUAGCUAAUGAGGUUUAUGCCAACAAGCUCAAAAAGAUGGAAAAUGUAGCAAGAGAAAACAACCAAAAGAUAUCACAAAAGGGACUUGGAGAGGAAAAACACAUCCCUGAAGACUCAAAAGAUGAGAAAAAGUUAAUGGCUUAUUAUCUUAUGUCGUUAAAACAACAAUUGGAAGAGACUAAAUCGGAGCUCAACCAUUUGAGGUCGACAAGAGAACCUCAUCCAAGUCAUCACGAACCAAAUGACACCGAUAUAGAAGAGAUCAAGUUUAUUCAAAACGCAAACCCAACUCGAUUGAAGCAACAAGUAGAAGACAAGUACAAACAUGAUGAUGAUAACAACGUGACCGAGUUAAAACUAAAAACGACUCGUGAGUUUGAUAUUCCUUUACCUACCAAAGUGAUUGUUGAAGUACCAAAAAUCCAAGGGAACACUUCGUCCUUUAAGACCAAGAAGGCUAAAAAGAAAACCUUCAUUCCAUCACUUGGUAGGAUGUUUUCAAAAAGUAAAAGGUAAUCGAUUAAGAAAUAUUUCUACUCAAAAAACUUUUUAAACCAAGAUUUGUCACCUAAAAGGUAGAUCCCAAUUUUCUUACAUAAAUUUGGAACGCCUUAAUUACAAUUUGUUUUAAUCGUACUACAAUUCAUUUUAGUCCAGUUUUGCGUAAAUGUAAAAUGAAUACUUGAAUGAAGUGAAAUGAACUACAUGAUCGAUCAUAUAAUGUUCUAUUUAUA